UGCAUCAUGAAAGCGCAUUCGUAAUCCAGCGAUCCGUGGGAUUGGGCAAAGGGAGUGGAGGUUGGGUUAGGAAAAAAACACGAUUGGUAGAGUUGAGAGUAAAACUUGUUGGCUCAGAUAUUUGUGCAGCCACGUCCUCUCUCGCUAACCUCCCCACUCAACGCGGAGCUGUCCAUUGGCACUUGUGCUGAAACGCGUCUAUUCUCAAUCGCUCACUGCGGUGCACGACGGAGUGUCGAGAGUAAAACAUUUGGAUGACUGUAUUGGCUUUUUCCAUAUAUUUUUGAGACACUUCGGUGGAUAUCCAUUGAUAUCCAUUGAUUUACUCAGCUUUCAUCAAGAGCGCAUCAAACGUCCACGUUCUGACUCGGUCGGUUAACGGACUCUUAAGAGGGAGAAAGAUGGCUUUUAUGGUGAAACAAAUGGUGGGAGGGCAUGUGAAGAACCUGACCGGGGGUUUGACUGAGGAAAAGCCCGAAGGAGAGAAAUCGGAAGCCGCAGCUGCAGGAAUGACCCAGGAGGAAUUUGAACAAUAUCAACAACAGUUAGAGGAGGAAAAGCAGGAACGAGAUUCUAGUUUUGCCCAGAAGAAAGCUGAGCGGGCAACAGUUAGAAGUCACUUCCGGGACAAAUACAGACUGCCAAAGAAUGAGCUGGAUGACACUCAGAUCCAGCAGGCGGGGGAUGACGUGGAGCUGCCCACAGAGCUAGCCAAGAUGAUCGCUGACGACAACAAGGAGGAGGAAUCAAAAACGUCUGUCCUGGGCCAGCUGACCAACAUCCAGAAUGUGGACAUGGACCAGCUGAAGGACAAGGCCCAGGCCACACUGGAAGACCUCAAACAGUCUGCUGAGAAGUGUAAUCUCAUGUGAUCUGGCUGGCUGACUGAAUUCCUGCUCUCUCUCUCUCCCUCCCUUACUCUCUUUAUCUGUACAACAAAGGAUCUAUGUAAGAUAUCAUGUGAUCUAUGAUCAUGUACAAACGUUGAUAGUCAUGUUGCUUUGAAUGCACACACAUACAGUCAACUCUGCCUCACACACAAAAACAUACUGCAGCAGCUUCUGGCCAAGGAAUCGGAGUAAACACUGUCUAAGCUGUGGGGGAAUCAGAGUAAACACUGUCUACGCUGUAGGGGAAUCAUUGUAAAGACUGUCUUAAGCUGUGGAGGAAUCAGAGUUAACACUGUCUUAAAUUGUGGAGGAAUCAGAGUUAACACUGUCUAAGCUGUGGGGGAAUCAGAGUAAACACUGUCUUAAACUGUGGAGGAAUCAGAGUUAACACUGUCUAAGCUGUGGGGGAAUCAGAGUAAACACUGUCUUAAACUGUGGAGGAAUCAGAGUAAUAGUCUUAUGCCAAAGACCCUUUGCAGAAAACCAUUUAGACAAUGGCACAAAGUAUAUCAACUAGUCAUUUUAAGUGUGAGACUAAAUCACACUUUCUUGUCUUGGGACCACAUUCAGUACGUUACAAACCAAGUGUCUGUUAUAUCUAUUGCAGGUGUAAGUGUAUUUGCAGUUAGCCUGUUCUGUAGUCCAUCUAGUCUAUGGUCAUUAACUAGUUGGGGCCUUGUUAAGAGACAGCUCGUCCUAUGUAAUGCCAACCCAUCUAACCUUUCAAAUCUGGCCUUUAACCUGUCCUCAUAUUGACCCCUGACCUCUCCAUCUCAGUGCUGUUUUGUGCCGGUGGUUUGGUGUCGUUUAGCUGCUAUGAUAUGUCAAGUGCUGUCUUCGAAAAUUUCAUCUUUUGGCUGAGUGCUGGUCAUAGUGUUUAAUAAGUACACAAUACUAUGAACAUAAAUGAACAUAGAGUACUUGGUAUUUGUCUGAAUUGUUGUUGUAUCACUAAGUAAAGAUGCAGGUGAGAGCGGGAGAGGGGUUUGUCAACCUUAUUUAGUAAUAUACAAUAUAUAUUUAUUUAAUACAGUGGUUCAUGUCUUGUAAUAGUUGAACAGUCCUUUUGUGACAUUACAAGUAAUAGCAAUAAGAAGAAAGGAUGGUGAACAUGCCUUAGUCGCUUGUUUUAUGUGAUAGCUACUUUGUGCUUUCUUGUCAGUUCCAUGAAGCAAAACAAACAAGUGUGAAUAUAAUUCAUUCUUACUCAAGUCUUACAGAGCCUGAUCACCUAUACAUAUCUCUCUGUAUUGACGUAUGACCUGCAGUGGUACUUUAAAGCCAACAACAAGAGCUUCUUUCAUUUCCAGUCACCCUAUGGGGUGAUUCAGGUCGAUCUCAUGAUGAUAUUUCAGGAAGAGACGUGUUGUUCAUGAUGUUUCUGUUUCCUGUCCAUUCUUUGCUUCUUUUACAUCAUCUUUGUUGUUCAGUGCUGUAUGAAACGUAUUGAUUUUUGACUGACUGUUGAAACCAUAAUAAACAGGUUUUUAUGAUG